GCAGUGCAGCUCAGCUUGAGAAUGAGAUCGUCACAGUACCGAUCGUCACUGACUGCCGGCGGUGUCAUCACAAGGCGAUUCACUCCACUUUCACGACGAUAGUUCCAAAAUUUCCGUGAUAAAAUACAACGUGAGGUUGGGUUUUUGAAGAAUACAAAAUGCCAGAAACCAUCAACCCAUGGAGCAACAGACAUCCUUCUCCAGCCCAGGCAUGUAAUGAAGAUGGCCUGUCCCCUCAUGAUGUGCUUGUGUCUCAGCAGCGCACUCUAGAGUUCGAUGCUGUAGGUAGCAACCCGGGUGACCAGCUCCGUGGCAAGGAAUCCGGAGAUGCAAAACAGGAGAAAUCCGAAGGAUGCCCCGCGAGAUGCAGUUCCUGCUGCCUUCAGCUCUGCAGACCCUGCCUGGUGGAUUUUCAUCCUUUGCCCUCGGAGCCGACACGCUGCCAAAGGUUUCGAUACUUCCUGAUGUGCCCUCCGCAUGGUGACCUCGCAAGGUGGUUGACAAUUCUUCUCCUCGUAGUUCUGACUUGGGUUGUGUUGUGGGCUGUGACUGGGAGUGAAGCCUUGCCUGGUGGGAAUCUCUUUGCUCUUUUCAUCCUGGUCGUGGCUUGCAAGGCUGGUGGAUUAGCUAUCGAGGUCAUCAAAUUACCGGCUUUGCUGGGAAUGCUUAUCGUUGGUUUCAUGCUUCGAAAUAUACCAGUUAUCAACGUAGCAUCGGACAUCCAUCCGUCAUGGUCAUCGUCUCUUCGAGACAUGGCUCUUGUCAUCAUACUCCUUCAGGCUGGUAUUGGGUUAGAUGCUAGCGCCCUCAAGAGGCUGAGUAUGGUUUGUGUUCGUCUGUGCUGUAUGCCGUGCAUAGCGGAGGCCUGUACGGCCGCAAUCGUCUCACACUUUCUGCUGGGCUUCCCUUGGCCCUGGGGCUUCAUGCUGGGAUUCGUCCUUGGAGCUGUCACCCCAGCUGUGAUUGUACCUUCUUUACUGGGGUUGCAAGCCAGAGGUUAUGGGGUAAGGCAAGGCAUACCAACCCUCGUUAUAGCCGCAGCUAGCUGUGACGAUGUCCUUGCCAUCGGUGCUUUCGGAGUGAUCCUGGGAAUCGCAUUUGCAAAAGGUGAUAUCAUUUACAGUAUUUUCAGGGGUCCUCUGGAGCUGAUAAUGGGGGUAACCUUUGGCUGUUUGGCAGGACUUCUUCUUUGGUAUAUCCCUGAUCAAAACCAGACCUGGUUAUCAAAGAAGCGUUUCAUCCUGUUGGUCUAUGGUGGUAUCUUUGCCGUCUUCGGUAGCGGUGCUGCUCACUAUCCCGGUGCUGGUGCUCUCGGCUGUCUGACCAUGGCGUUCAUUGCCGGACACAGAUGGAAAGAGGGAAAGGAAGCAGUAGAUAAAUUGCUGUCCUAUCUGUGGCUUCUGUUUGAGCCCCUACUCUUUGGUUUGAUUGGUGCCGAGGUAUCUAUUUCAUAUCUUGAUCCCGCUACAGUAGGUUUGGGCUUUGCUACCCUCAUCAUAGGACUGUGUGUUAGAAUGAUAGUUUCAGCGUUGGCUGUUACCAGGGCCGGUCUGACGUGGAAGGAAAAGUUGUUCAUCUCCCUUGCUUGGUUACCUAAAGCAACAGUACAGGCUGCCAUAGGUUCUGUUGCUCUGGAUACAGCGAGAGACAGAGGAAAUGAAGAGGAGUUAGAAAUAUAUGGAAUACAGUUGCUCACGGUGGCCGUCCUCUCCAUUCUCUUCACUGCACCUCUCGGAGCUGUCCUGAUCUCACUGACCGGUCCUCGCCUUCUCAGGUGUGCCCCUCCAACCCAGGCAAACCCAACGAGAGACAUCCCAGAGGCAGAAGAAGAAACCCAACCAAGAUAUGAACCAACCAGAGGAGGCAGUUGUAGAGAGGAACCUCCUAGGGAAAAUAAUGUUUUGUUGGAACAAGGCGCGGUGGGUGAAAAUUCGGUGUGAAUAUUCCUGAGCUAUCGGCUGCUUUGAGCUGUUUGGAUUUGGACCUUGUUCACAUUGACAGGAAGUGGUGCACAAUGUCAUUGAUUGCUCUUUUUUGUUGGAGCAAGGCACAGAGAAUGACAUUCAAGAGUGAAUGGUGCUAAGCCAGUAGCUGCUUUGAGCUGUUUGGAUGUGGACCUUGUUCACAUUGACAGGAAGUGCUGCACAGUGUCAUUGAUUGCUCUUUUUUGUUGGAGCAAGGAACAGAGAAUAACAUUCAAGAGUGAAUGGUGCUAAGCCAGUAGCUGCUUUGAGCUAUUUGGAUGUGGACCUUGUUCACAUUGAACAGGAAAUGCUGUGCAAUGUCAUGGAUUGCAUUUGUUUGGUAGAGCAAGGCAAGACGCAGGGAGACACCGAGACAUCUUGAUGCAUGUGCAGUGCUUGGAACUGCAUCAUCACAUAUACAGUAUAUAGAAUGUGUACUGUGCUGGUUGUAUGCAACACCAAGAGCGUCUGAUCAUGCAAUAUUUGUACCAUCUCUCAUGUACAGGUACUAUCCAAAUUUAAUGUC